AUGGUAUUAGUUCAUGAAAUCGGACAUGCCCUCGGGAUAGCUCAUAGUGCUACUCCAAAUGCUAUCAUGUAUAGUGUCUAUGCAGAUAAAAUUCGUGUUUUACAUGAUGAUGAUAUAAAUGCUGUGCAAUAUUUAUAUGGGGGUAAUAGUAAAUACGCUCCAAUCCCACAGUUCACAACCAUGCAAAUACCAAUAAAUAUCUCAACAACCACAAGACUAGCACCUUCUAGGCAGUCAAUCCACCCACACCAUACAACGCUUUCUACAACUACAACAACAAGACUAGCACCUUCUAGGCAGUCAAUCCACCCACACUAUACACCAAUAACUACAACGAAUGCAACACCGACAAGACAUACAACUCGUAAGCAGCUGAUCCUCAAAAAUUUGUGUGAUAUUAUUCCAGAUUUUAUGUUUCUAGCCACUGCUCCAGAGUUCUCAAAUUAUCGAUUAUAUAUUGCUCAUGACAAAUUUAUAUGGAAACUAGACUUGAAUGACAUGAUUAUUCCAUCUCAACCAGAACUCCUUAUCGAUUAUAUACCUACACAAUUACGUCAGUACACUUUACAACACAUUUUUCAAACAACAAGCGGUGAUUUGGUUACAAUUGUGUCUCCAAACAAAUAUUUCUCAGCAUCAUUCCCUAGUAUUCAAUUUAUUGAUAAGUUUUCACUUAAUAUACCCAAUAAAGCACACAUCAAUGCUAUUUUUCAAUCAAAUGCUGGGCGAUCCUAUACUUUUUAUAAUAAUAUGUCAUAUAUAGAAUUUUCUAAUGAUUUUCUGAAUGAGAGUGGUAGAGGAAAAAUAAAAGACCUCUUUCCUGGUAUACCUGAAGAUAUUUCUCUCGCAUUCCGAUGGACUGAUGGUCAUAUUUACUUUUUCCGUCAAAGUAAUUACUAUAAAUUUAAUGAAUUUACACGAAAAGUGGUCGCGGGUGGACAAUUUAGUUGGAAUCUAUUUGGAGUGCCUUGUCCAAACGAAAAUAUCUUAUAUCAAUUAAAGACGCUGCUAUCUAAACUUACAUCCAUAUAUAGUUAA